AUGGGAAGGUCUCGAAAAUGGUUCAAAAACGUCAAAACAAAGAUGCUUUUGUGUACCAGCCAUUCUACACAUCCCGACGAAACCUUUGUGGUUUUUCACACCAAUGAAGCCAGUAACACCCCUUUCAGCCAAGAGAUCAACGUGCCACCUAAAGAUCAGAAAAACAAUUCACCACCCGAAGUGAUCAUCGCGCCCACUAAAGAUCAACAAAACAAUCCACCAACUGAAGAAAUCAUCGUCGUGCCAACUAAAGAUCAACAAAACAAUCCACCAACCGAAGAAAUCAGCGUCGUGCCAACUAAAGAUCAACAAAACAAUCCACCACCCCAAGAAAUCAUCGUUAUGCCAACUAAUGAUCAAAAACAAAGCAAUCCACCCGAAGAAAUCAUCAUGCCACCGAAAGAUCAACAAGACAACACCCACCAAGACCGAGCUAUAAUUUCAUCAUCCAACGAUCAUCAAAUCGCAGUUAUCAAGAUCCAAACCUCAUUCAGGGCACAUCUCGCAAGGAGGGCAUACAAGGCAUUGAAAGGGCUGGUGAAGCUGCAAGCCGUGGUUCGAGGAAUGUGCGUGAGGCGACAGGUUCAAUUGGCGUUGAAUUGCAUGAACACUCUUGCUCGUUUACAGAUCACUGUUCGAUCGCAUCAGCUCCUCACUGAAAGCAACUUCCCGUCUAGUUCCACCAGAUCACCUUCAGCUACACAACAGACACAAUUUUAA